AUGCCCGUCGCCCCCCAGAGAAACAAUGCUCAGGGCCAAUCCCUCACAGUUCUUCUGCGCAAUAUUAUUAGCGAAUACCCCGCCGGCGGUGGUGUCCUUCGUGAGCUUUGCCAGAAUGCGGAUGAUGCUGGUGCGGAUGCCAUCGAAUUUGUACUCGACACGCGGCAACAUCCCACCGAGAAUCUUCUCCACAAGGACCUUGCGGAAUUCCAGGGAAUAUCCCUUCUCGCAUACAAUAACAUGCCUUUUUCUCAAAAAGAUUUCGCUUCCCUGAUGCGGAUUGGUGAUAGUGGAAAGGCCAAGGAUCUUACUUCCACCGGAAAGUUUGGGCGAGGGUUCAACAGCGUAUACAACUGGACCGAUAACCCAUCCAUAAUCUCCGGAACCUCUCUCCUAUUGCUUGACCCGCACAAGACAUGGUCUUCCGAGAUUGGUUGCCCCGGAGGCCCACUUUACGAUUUCGUUGCCAACUCCAACGAGCCCGAGAUCAGGAACCAGCUUUCUGCCUAUGAUAGUGUAUUGAAAAGUUACGAUACACCUUUCGAGGGGACCAUUAUCCGUCUACCAUUAAGGAAUGAAGCUCAAGCCAUAAAAAGCGAAAUCGUCGAGGAUAAUUUGUCUACAUCCCAGAAGGAUAUCGAGGAUGUCUUCCAACUGUUUUCAAGCGAGCUGGUGGAAUCCCUACUCUUCUUGCGCAAUCUGCGCUCAAUCACAUUGAGAAUUGGCGACGCGAUCAUUGCCAAAGCUGAGUCCACCGUCCCAAAUGAGAGGAAAAACGAGACGGGAGAGAACCCCGUCAAUGAAGGCUACCGACAGGUUUUUGUCGAACAAUCAAAAGAGCAUUACGAAUCGGACUUUAUGAUGGAUAUUAAAAUCACUCGGAGUGCCGGGCCGGACACAGCUCCUUCUGAAACAAAAGUUAAAUAUGCGAUAAGUCAUCAUCUGAGGAAAUCCACGGAGGAUGAAAACCUACAGAUAUGGGCAAGACGCCAUAAGCUAUUCCCUUGGGUCGCAAUUGCCAAUCCAUUAGACAAGACACCUGACUUCGAUGGAAGGCUGUUUACCACUCUUCCCCUCCCCAUUCAGACGAAACACCCUGCCCAUAUUCACGGAAUAUUUAGCAUUACGCCAGAUCGGUCCAAUAUCCAUUCAGGGGGCGAUACUACCAUGAGCGCCAAUUCGUCAACACGAUUAGGUGCUCAAUGGAAUCAAUGGUUGCUACAUGAGUGUGUGCCACACGCCUGGGUCCGCAAUCUAGAAUUUAUAAGAGACGAGAACCUUUCGCCCGGUUGGGAUUUCUGGCCCGCAGGGAAGCAGGGGGAAUGGGGGCAGUUGUGGAUGGGCAUUUUAGGGGCGGUUUUUAAGGAGGCUGUGGAGUGCAAUCUCGAACUACUACCAACCGUGAGCGGGGCGGUAAAACCGGCCCAACAAGUAGCAUUUACACUUGGCAUUCCCGAAGAUCUACAUUUCUCAUUCAGAGACGCCGGGGCUCGGGUUGUGUUCCCCCCGGCAGACCGAAGAACGGAAAUUAGCGCCCUGCGUCACCAAGAGCUGGGUCUUGAAUACCUUUCACCUUUUACUGCACGGCGCCAUUUGACGACUAUAAAAGACUCUGAUGCACUUCUGCGUCUGGACAUCAAGCCGCGGAUGGUCCUGCUAGAUUAUAUCCUGUCGGAUUUCCAGGCUCAGGAUUUUGGAAGCUGUGAAGCCCCGCUAAUACCUCUAUCUGAUGGCACUUUUCGGGGGUUUGAAAUGCCCGCAUCUCGGGAUGAUCGAAUAUUCAUAGCCAGAGACAGAAUCGAAGAAGACCUCUUUCGGAAGUCACCUGAAAGGACAGUGAAAACACGUGCUCUUUCCAAGCAAUCGCGGGAAACACUGGUAAGACUGAUCAGCGAGAUCGAAAAGCACACCAGAAUCAAGGCCUGGUCUGUUGAAGAUGCGGCCCAAUAUUGCUCUUCUUGCGAAUUCGAUGGAAUAGUGGAAACAAUGCCGGUGGUUAAAAUCGAUAAACCCGGGUUCGACAAUUUCAUUGAGUUAUUCUGGGAAUGGAUCCUUAAGGCUAAGCGUAGGGGGGCCGGAAAUUCAGCCCUGGUGAACGCAUUGAAGGAUCUAUGGCUCAUCCCACUCGGAAGACACAUGUUCCAGAGGAUUGGAACUACCUCUGAAUAUCCGGUCCUAAAUGUAUCAGCGAACAGGGGAAUUGGCUCGUUUCUAAGGCAAGCUGAAUCUGCUAUCGCGAAUCGCUUCAAGCCAGAGAUAUUGUAUCUCUAUACGGGAGGCGGAUUCCCACGCGCUACAAUGGUUCUCCAAGAGCUCGGGAUUGUCAAGGAUUAUGAUGAUAGGGCAUCCCUAAUGAAGUGGCUCGAGGUUACCGUGAAUGACUUUGCCGAAAAAUUAGAUCAUGCUGAAAAAAUGGAAUUGAUACGACACCUGUCUGACCUGUCAAGAGGUUGCGCCGCAUCUGAGCGAUCAUGCAUGCAACUAACAGUCCGCAAAUUGCCCAUAUUUCAGGAAGCAAACAAUUCAAGACCUGAGAAACGUCCCUGGAUAUCGAUAGCCAACGAUGGCCCCAAUUCUCUUACAACAUAUGUCGGGGUGGAAAACUUGCCAAUCACACUGGAUACACCUCAACACGUUUUUAUCGACACAAGACAUUACGAACUCAAGGAACUGGUAUCCCACCUACAACUAUUCAAGUGCCCCUCUCUUUCUGAGAUACUUAGAGACCAUGUCGUUCCCGGGAUCUCGGAAACGGGUACGCCUAGCGAUAAAAGAAGAAUGGGAUUUAUUGGAUUUGCGUUGGAUCAUUUCAAGUCUCUAUCAGCUGAAGCCCUUUCCGCGCUUUCUGCGAAGGAGAUCGUUCCUGUCAGCACCGAGAAGCUCAAACGUCCCAAAGAUACGGUUUCGGGAAAACAUGUGGCUGCGCUAUAUUUCGACGAUGAAGAACGGUGUCCAGCCAAGGACUUUGAGAAAGCCUACCGAGAUGCGCUCGUUUGUCUAGGAAUAUCUGAUGCUAUAACUGAUCAAGUUAUAUUGGAAAGAAUUCAUUCCUACAGCAGCUCAGCACGCCCGCAUGAUGCGAUUAAUGACAAAGUAUCCACCCUGUUCUCCCGCGGCAAACCUCCCACUCAGCCACUUAGUAAGGAGGGUAUGGAAUUGCGUUGGAUCCCAGCAAUAAGCCUAGAAGGGGAACUUGGACUGUUCAACACUCUCCAAUGUCGACCUGCAAGUUUCCAAGACUUGUGCAAUUAUUCCAUGCCAAUUAUGAAAUUCCGUAUCCGCCCGGCGUGGGAGAAAUGGUUGGGAUGGGACGGUAAACUCACCGUUGAACAAAUGAGCAAACAACUGCAAGGGGCAAAAAAGAAAGGUGAUCGUGCUUCGUUAGCGAACCUGAUCGAAUAUUGGUAUGAGAUUUACUCGCUCGGGAAGGCUGGCUCAGCCGUAGAUACCGAAUUGGAGCUGGACAGCCAGAAAUGGAUCCCUGGCUCCUCGGGCGGGUUCUUUUCUCCAACUGAAAUAUUUUUCGCCGGAGCGAAGCACCUGCCUCCUUACUAUGACCAAGUUUGCGAAAGGUUCCCAGAAAACAAAUCAAACGUCAAGCGAUUCCUUACACACAUCGGAGUAAAACCAGCGCCGACAUUUGAACAGUUGAAAGAGCUACAAGAUAGAAUUUCGACUGAGGGGCCCCUUUCAGCUCAGGAUCUAGACGUAGCACUUUAUAUCGUGGAACAGGUCGCAGAACGACAUAACAAGAAAAAGGACCAAAAUCCAAUAUCAGAUUUCAAGGCUCCGGAUCAGGAUGGGGUUAUGCGCACAUUUUCAGAACUCACCGCCAGCGGCAGUGAUGUACCUCUUUCCCUAACAAAUAGGCCAACGCUGCACCCAAGAAUCUCAGAGUCAACAACCAAGAAACUCGGGUUACCUACCGUGGAAGAUAGGAUUCUCGCCUCUCUCAACGACCCAUGUUUUGAGCAAGACUUCUCUCAAACACAAAGCCCCAAGGCAGUGAUCAAGGAUACUUUACAACGGUACAGUGUGGAAAGCACCUUCAGCGAGUACUUGGCCAACGCGGAAGAUUUCAUGGACGAAGAGGGCAAAUCGGCAACCCGAAUUGACUGGAUAAUUGACCACUCUACUGACUACCCAACGGAGAAACUGAUAGACCCGAGACUCGAGGCCGUUCAAGGGAAAGCCCUAUUUUGCUACAAUGAUGGCGUGUUUACCGACCAGGACUUUAAAUCGAUCAUUGAUGUUGGAAUUGGAUCGAAGGGACUGGACUACUCAAAGAUUGGCAAAUUCGGAAAGGGGGCUUUAACAAUGUAA